CCCCCUCUCUGCGCUUUCCACCAUUCACUCCACCCACUGCCGCCCCCGUCAUUCUUAUUAUCGUUCCGACUGCCUUCUUCUCCAUCUCUUCCCUCCUCAUCCUCCCCUUCCUCACCAACCUUCAACUCUUCAUCUACUCUCCCGUCACCUCUCGUCAACAUCGGGAACGCGUCAAUCCCUCUUUCGAACGCGGCAACCCCGGACACUUCUACCAUCUCCGCAUCUCACACUCCGGUGGCGCCCUGACACAAUCUUGACGAAUUUUGGCUCGCCAGGAAAACUCGAUCUCCCUUCAAUCCGCCCUUCGCCUCCACGCGUGAUCCGCGACAUUUAGUGCCCAAGCAUUUAGAUUGCAGCCCCGUGGUGCCCAGAAAAUUCGAUUGAUCCAUCUCUCUGCAGCAUUGUGCAGGGUCCAGACUCGAAUUUCCAAGGCCUCUUUUGUGAUCCGCAGAUCAUUCGUGAAUCCUCAACUCCAAUUUCUACGCGCCGUACGACCACUCUCGGGGAAGACGGCGACCCCGGAAACACCACUUGCACGAUUAUUCUCAUUUCCACUCUGAAAAGCCUAGCUGUGGCGCUUUCACCAUGCCUUUAACAACACCGGUUUUGACGGUGGACGCGGAUAAUAUUCACAAGGUGGAUACCGCAAAUGCGCAGUCGCUUCAUGGGAUGUGGAUGGUAUUCUCAAAAUGUGCCGACUAUAUGGACCAAGGCCGACGCCUGGAAAACUUGAGCUGGCGCCUGUGGACCCACGAAACCUUCUGCGUCGAACCCGAAAAGUCAAAGUUCAAAUCCAACCAUACCUCCGUCUUGCCGAAGCUGCGCUCCGAGGCAACUGAUCUUCCGGAGCUCUCCGCCAGUGUCGAGUCGGCCGCGUCCGAUCAAGCCGAACGCAUUGAAGCACACAUCAAGCGACCUCAAUUCUCCGAUUAUCGACCUGCCGUGGUCCGUGAAGACUCCUUGGCCAGCCUGGGUCGUGGCAAGGAGAAGCACAUCACCUCGCUUGACCUGGAGCGUAUGGUCCUCAACAUCAAGGAGCGAAAGCAGUUGCAGCCGAUUGCCCCUGUUGUUCAGCCUGCUGCCCCCGUUGUCGACAUUACUCCUCGUCCUUCUACUCCUACUCCCACCCCUCCCUCCGUCUCUACUGCUCGACAGGUCCCAAUUUUCCCUCGCCCCUCUCCGCAACCCCGUGAAUCGACCGAGUCUUGCUCCACCACCGCCCCCGAGGGCAACGAAAGUGACUCGGCCAAUGCUACUGCUUCUGACACGAGCGUCUCUUCUUCUGGAGUGCUUCCUAGUCGAGCUGAGUUGAUCAAGUCGCCGAGCAUUGUCCGCGGAUUUUCGCCUUCUCACAUCUCGUCCUCAUUCCGAUCCCAGACCAACCUAGUGGCUAAGUCGAGUCCCUCUGGCGCCACCGUCCAGCAGCUCAAGCCAUCUCCUCUUAAGAAGAAGGGUGGCAUGUUUACACUGGGCGGAUCCUCUGGUGACGACGAUGAAAGCUCUUUCGAAGAUCGCAUGGGUCUGAAGGCUCCCCAAAACAACCCAACCGUUGGUGGACUGAAGCCGGCGACGAGCAACCCCAGCCCCUCCAAGAAGGUGGCUUCCUUCAGUGACCACGUCGAUACGAUCCGACCGUCAAAGAGCCCCCUUCGCCCCGACGAGGACGCCAUUGAAACCGACGAUGAGGUCUCCGAGAGCGCCAUUGAGGAUGACGAGGAUUCGGACUGGGAGGAUUCGGUAACUGAAAGCGGCAAAUCUAGUGUGGACGAGCGCCCCGAGCUUUUCCAGCGGGUCGAUUCGCGACCCAACCUGGUCUCUCGUCGGUCGCUUUUGACUAUGAUGAUGCACCAGCCAGGUCGCAUGCAAGGAAACGCGUUCCGGUCCAGCCCUGCCCUUCAGCGGUCUCGUUUGACUUCACCCAACGGUCCCUCCAUUCCGGCCUCGCCUCCGGAGAACGAUGAAGAGAGUCUGACCAUGCGCGGACCCGACGUUCCUCGAUCGAAGCCCAUUGUCAUGAAGCCGCCUCACCCGCAGUCCGUGGCGCACUCACCUCGGACCACCCGCCGUAACAUGCUUGCCACCGAGCUGACCGAGUCUCUUCGCCGACACUUGCUCUGGGAGCGCCAGCAGAAGAGCGCGACCGCCAAUGCUUUCCUCAAGCGCCGUCACACUGCCCAUGAUGUGAAGAAUCUGCAAGAAUACCCCGGACCAAAGGGACCGCAUCGGGCUUCGGGCGCGCCAGGCCCAUCCACUUCGGGUGAAAACCACCAGGCUCGGGAUAAGGAUCUCAAGAACGGAUCCUGGACCAACUACACCACGGACUAUGGCCCAUGGGAGUACCAUGUUAAGGGCUGGUAAUUCGAACAUGAGCCUAGAGUCUCCCUUGGAUUCUCUCAUUUGCCCUCCACCCUCUUCUCACUCUUGAUAUCUCGUCUCGCGACCAAGCGACUCUUCUUUUCGACACGUACGAUCAUGAUCAUGCAUUGCAUCUAGGCGCACACUAUGGAUUUGCUUUUUUUGUUUUCUUAUUUUCCACAUGUGAACUGUUAUGGGGGGCAAGGGAGGUCGGUUCCAAUCGGUUCUUGGGGGGUGUUCGGGGUGUACACCUGUCAUAACAUUCAACUAGGCGUUCUCCCUCCCUGGAUUCUUCUUUCUGGCAACCACCUUUUCCAAUUCUUCCUACUCUACCAUUCCACCCUGUCCGAUCAGGAGGAGGGGGUAAUCGUGUGUCCCUUACGAACUUAAUUCAUGUACAGCUCAAAUAUCCCACAUCCGAUUAUUACAUUCUCAUCAUUCUCAUCCCACCUCUACCUCUCCACGAUUCACUUUCGGGCGCUCAAAACGGUUGAUGAAAUAAUGGAUUCUAUCCUCCUUCAUUCUUCCACAAUACAGUGUUUCCCGUGAGCAUCAUCACCAGUCUCCUACACCUGCUUCUUAUGGCUGGAAAGCUUUUGCACCAAAAAUGUUCUAUUACAAAAACUGGGAUUCUUUUUCAUCAGCGUCUUCUCGUAUCUCGUCUCUGUAGCCUCUCCAGUAGAUGGCUCGCAGAAAAUGGGACACAAUCCCCUCUGGUUAUGACCAGGACGAAAGUCCAAUCUCAUUUUCUCAUCAUUUUCUUUCUCGCUGUUUUUUUCUUUGGCUUUUCCCUGAUACCAGAUACCACGCGCUUGUCUUCUGGCUUCCCCGUGCUCGAGGCUUGCAUGCCUGCACUCUUCCGGAGCAACCGUCGAGACACCCUUCCCUGACCUAUGUACGCUACAUACCCAAUGAACAGGAAACAAUAUCCCAGCGCAAGAACCUGCGAUCAAAAAAACCCUGGCACUGGAACGCAAGACC